AUGAUUCCUGAUGAAAAAUCAGGAGUUAAUGAGCCAAUAUCAACAAGUACAUAUGAUAACAUUGGCAGCAAUAAUACUAAUGAAGAUAGAUGCCUUGAUAAAUCACAAUUAGAGCAACAAAUUCAAAAUUUACAACUCGAGAAUCAUAAAUUGAAAGAAAUAAACGAUAAUUUUAACUUUAAAAUAAAUGUUGAAUACCAAAGACUUGCAGAACAAACUGUAUCGCGCGAAAAAUACUAUAUUCAAGAAUAUGAUAAAAUGAAAAGUCAACUCAAGUCUGAAAUUGAAGUAUUACACACAGAUAUUGAUAAAUUCAAAUCUUAUAUCGACAGAAAAGAUUUGGAUAUGAAAAAUAAGGAUGUUCAAAUUCAAAGAAUUAUUCAAGUUAUUUCACGCCUUACUUCCAAAAAUUUCGAAACAAUAGAAGAUACCUGCGAUUACCUUGAUACAAAUCCUCAAUUUUCACUUAAUUCAAAUAUUGAUUCAGUAAAAGACGAAAAAAUCAAGAAAUUGGACGUUAAUACAGAACUCCAGCGGGAAAAAAGAAGGAGGAAAACUUCCGAAAAAGUUGUUUUGCAGCUACAAAAUGAGAUACUUUCUUUGAAGCAAAUAUCUAAAGAAAAAGAAGUAUUGGAACAAAAAUGCAGACAAUUAAAUGAAAAGAUUUCUCAAUUUGAGCAUAAUAACUCAAUUGAUAUGAUUGAACAUCAAUCAGAAAUAUCAACUUUAUCUAAAAAGAUUGAAUUGCUUAACGAACAAAACAACUACUUAAAACAAAAGUUAUUAUCAAAUCAAACAGAAAUUUCCCAUUUAGAGAUUCCAAAACCACAAGAAAUUACAAUUCCCGAAGAAAAGAUGUGUCAUAGACAUGAAGAACUAGCAGAAGUCAAUAAUGAUUUAAGGAGAGAGAUUAGAUCACUUCGAAAUCAGUUGAGCACACAAAAAUCAAAAAUUGAAGAGCAAACUAUGGAAAUUCAACAAUUAAAAUCAACAAUUUCAGAUCAAAAAGGAGAAAUAAUUUCAAUUAAGACUAAAUAUAACGAUCUAUCAUUACAAGCAUCUAAAAUAACUACUUUACAAGAUCAAAUUUCGAAAUUGAAGCUAAAAAACUCUAGAUUUAAAGAAGAAAACGCGAAGCUUAAGAAAGAUCUAGCUGAUGUAACUAAUAUAGUUGCAAAAUUAAAGAAUAAUAGACAAGAAACAGAAAAACCUGAUUCCUCAAAAAUAAUCAAGUUACAGGAAAGAAUUCAUAAGCUAGAAGCCGAACUCGAUGAUGCUAAUAACAGACUUGAGAUAGUUCAACAUACAGAUAUUACACCAAAUGAUGUUUUGCCUCCAAAUAUAUUUCAUCCACAAAAUUAUGACAAAAAGUUAACAGAACAAAUCGAUCAUAUUGCAUCUAUUGAAUGUGUUCAGCCUGCAAACAAAAUACAACAGAUAUAUGGUGUAAUUUCAAGAUAUUACUCAGAGAUUGCUGGAGCAUUAUCAGAUGAUAAUUAUGAGAUUAAGAAUCAACUUUUAAACCUCAAAGCAGAUAUUAAAGAGUUCAUGAAUACCAUUUCGAGGGAAUUGAUAGGCUUUGAAUAUCCAUACGAAUAUUGUAGGAUAGAAGAUACAAAAGAUCUAGUAGAUAGAUUAAUUCUUCUAAAAUCUGAUCAGGAAAAAAGCAAAAAAUCAUUUUAUGAUCUCAAAUCAAAAAUUGAUUUCGUAUGCUCAAUUUUUGAAUGCAAUGAAGCAAACUUUAAUACAAAAGUAAAAGAAAUAUCGGAACGAAUCAAAAAUUACGAAGAUAUUAUUUCAAUGCAACAACAGAAACUGAAAAAGGCAAAGAAAACCAUCAAGAUCAUACAUAAUCUUAAUGAACAAGAAAACAAACAAAUAUGUGACAAGAUAAACAAAAUGAAUAACGAAAGAAUUAAUGCAUAUCAGAAAUUAGCAAAUAUCGAAUCAAAAAAUAAAAUGGUGUUAAGCAAAGUAGAAACAAUUACGCGACAACUUGAAAGAAAAGAGAUGGAAAAUGAAAAAUUAAAAAUUCAGAUUGAAAACCAAAAAAUAGAUAACCUUGAUAAGAUAUGUUCAGAGUUUAAGAAAAAAGAAGUUGAAAUCGCGCAUUUGGUUCAAGAUUUUGCAAAAAAGAUAAAUUUUGCAGAAGAUCAUCUUGUAAAGUGUGAAUGCAAAGUUGCCCGGCUUCGGAAAACAUGUGAAACACAAAAAGAAACUAUUACAAGUUUGAGAAACGAAUUAAAAUCACUGGAAAAUGAACAACACAGUGAUAAAAUAAAAAUGCAAAAUGCUGAACAAAAAGAAACAAAACUUAUGUUAAAAAUACAGGAACUGGAAGAAUACAAUGAAUCGGAAAAGAAGGAAAGAGAAAGACUUUGGCAAGAGAAUGAAAUAUAUCAAAAAGAAAUACGAAAUUUCAGAAGUAACCUCAAAUAUAUUUCCAAUAGAUUAAAGAAUGCAGAACAGAUAGUGAAAGUCAAAGAUGAUGAAAUGACACGACAGAUGAUUUUAAAUCAAGAGAAGUUAAAACUUGCAUGCUCUAACCUUGAAAAUAAACGAAAUAUCGAAAUACUAAAUAUGAAGUCGGAGUUUGAACGAGAAAAGCAGAGAAUAUAUGCAUUUGCCGCAGCAAAUCUCAAACAAUUCUUUGAUCCAAGAGAUUCUAUCAACUUUGAAACCUUUUGCAAAUUAAUUUUAGCUGUAAGCAAAUUUACAUAUGCACAAGUUCAUGGCUAUGAAAAUGCAAGUCCAAUUGAAUCAUAA